CCGCCACCGUUACAGAGCAGAAAGGAAACAUCAGAGAACUGACCGCCACCAUUACAGAGCAGAAAGAAAACAUCAGAGCUUUAGAGACGCGACUGAGGGAUGCUGAGAAAGCUGCAGAACAACAUACGUUCCUCCUGGAAGAGAUGAACAAGAAAAAUGAAGACAGAGAAAUAGCUUUUUCAGCUGCACUGGUGGAAUCUGGCAGUGUAGAUAUUGGACCUUCUACCACUAACAUCACACUAACCUACAAGAACGUCUUCACAAACAUAGGGAACGCCUACAACCCAAUUACAGGUAUCUUCACAGCCCCACUGAAAGGAGCAUAUGUGUUCAAAAUCUCUGUCUAUGCUCAUGGUGGUCACUCACAUUCAGCAAAUGCCACCAUUAUGAAGAAUGAACAGCGGGUGCUUGUAGCACAUGCUCAACAGGCUCAGGGAACAUUAAACUCCUCAAAAGGAGUUGUGUUGAUUCUGGAGGUUGGAGAUGUUGUCUAUGUGAGACUUUGGUCUAGCAGCAAGAUUCAAGAUAACAGUGAUAAUAACCUCAACACUUUCAGUGGUUUCCUACUGUUUCCCUUAAAAUAACAGGAGAUUUGGAGAAUGUGAUUCCAAUAAUUCUGAACCUUCAGCGUAUGAUUUAAGAUGAAAAUUAUGAAGAAUCAAUAACAUAUGAACCUGUAUUAAUGAUGACUAAUGUGUGUUUGAAAUUUGCAAUAGAUUACUAUAUAUAAAUUAAUAUAAUAGACUAUAUGAGCUCAUAAGUUCUGAUCUGUCUAUACAUGUAAGUUUGUAUAAAGAGUUUCAUCACUGAGACAGACAGGACCCAUGAAUAUCACAUGAUUUAAAAAUGAUUUGUUAAAGUAGAACAUCUAUAAUGUUAAAUAAUAGCUUUUAAGUGCAGCUUGUUACUGAUCCUUGAUCUGUAUCUCUUCAUUCUACAUAGACAUAUUAUUGUGAUAUUUUCUUUUCCUCAUGUUCUGGAAUAUUUCCCCCAACAAACCUGUAGUACAGUAAUAGGUUAUAUCAUUGAUGCUUGUGUGGCGGUUUGGUAUUUCAACAAAACUCAAACUGACUACGCCACCCUGUCAACCAGGGAAAGAUAUUUAUGAAUUGAUCACCUUUAAAUGGGCACACAAGAACGUGGUUUCAAAUAUGGAGGCCUGAGACGUGGAUAACAAAAUACAAAACUUUAUUUCAACAAUAAUCAAGCACAAAUCUUAAAACAUUCCUGCAGGCUGGGCAUAUUUUAUAUGGCGAUGGAUGAAGAAAGAAAAAAAACAAAGAAAACAAAAACAACCAAAGGGAAACCGAGGCUUACCUAGGGCAGGUAACUAGUGUGAUGAGCACACGGCUACAAUAAUCACAAA